AUGAAGUUACUUGCUUCUCAUAGUCAACAGGAGAAAAGCUCAAGUUGGCUUGAAAGCAGAAAGAGAUUCCUUGACCAUCAGCCAACUCCAGGCUUCAAAAUGAUCCAAGGUCUCUUGGUAACUGUCUGCUUAGCGGUUUUCCCAUAUCAAGGGAGUUCUAUAAUCCUGGAAGCUGGGAACGUUAACGAUUAUGAAGUAGUAUAUCCACAAAAAAUCCAUCCAUUGCCCAAAAGCAGAAUUGAAAGUGAGCAAAAGAUGAAGUAUGAAGAUACCAUGAAAUAUGAAUUUAAAGUGAACGGAGAACCAGUGGUCCUUCACUUAGAAAAAAAUAGAGGACUUUUUUCCAAAGAUUACACCGAGACUCAUUAUUCCCCUGAUGACAGAGAAAUUACAACAAGCCCUCCAGUUGAGGAUCACUGCUAUUAUCAUGGACGCAUCCAGAAUGACAUUGACUCAACUGCAGUCAUCAGUGUAUGUGACGGAUUGAAAGGACAAUUCAGGCAUCAAGGUGAGACGUACCUUAUUGAACCCUUGAAGCUUUCUGACAGUGAAGCCCAUGCAAUCUACAAAUAUGAAAAUGUAGAAAAGGGGGACAAGACCCACAAAAUAUGUGGGGUAACCAGCACCAAUUGGAAAUCAAAUGAAUCCAUCAAAAAGACCUUUGACAUGUCCGUUACUGCUGAAGAACAAAAUAACUUGGAGGUCCAAAAAUAUCUUGAGCUUUUCUUAGUUGUAGACAAUUCAAUGUUCAAUAAGUACAGCCACAACACCAUUAUUAUAAGGAAGAGGGUGUUUGAUAUGAUCAACUAUAUAAAUGUGGUUUAUAAAGCUUUGGGAAUUCAUGUAACAUUGAAUGGCCUAGAAAUUUGGUCCAUCAAAGAUAAAUUUGUGGUCAAUGAAUCACCGGACAACAAUUUAUCCUCCUUUUCAAAAUGGAGAGAGUCAGUUCUAUUGAAGCGCAAAACGAAUGACAACGCUCAGUUACUAACGGCUGUUGAGAUGAAUGGAGGAACUUUAGGAUACGCUUUCAUGAGAAGUAUGUGUGAUUCUAUGACAUCUUCGGGAGUUGUUCAGGAUUAUACUGAAUUUGUAUAUUUGGUUGCGGCUACAAUGGCCCAUGAGAUCGGUCAUAAUCUGGGCAUGGACCAUGAUUCAACUUCCUGCACUUGCGAGGGUGGCCCAUGCAUUAUGGCUUCUUCGGGAGGUCAACAACUUGCCCUGCAGUUCAGCUCUUGCAGUUUAAUGGAUUAUCAGGACUAUAUGAUGGAUGAGACCCCACAAUGCGUUAUGGACAAACCCUCGAACACAGAUAUUCUUAAAAAUGCAGUUUGUGGGAAUUUCUAUGUGGAGGAGGGAGAAGAAUGUGACUGUGGCUCUCCAGAGGAAUGUGCAAACGAGUGCUGUGAUGCUGCAACAUGUCAACUGAAAUCUGGGGCAGAGUGUGCAGAAGGGGCAUGUUGUGAGGAAUGCCAGAUUAAGAAAGCAGGAGAAGAAUGCCGGGAGGCAAGAGAUGACUGUGACUUACCUGAACUCUGCACUGGACAAUCUGCUGAAUGUCCCAUAGAUCGUUUCCAAAUAAAUGGGCACCCAUGCCUAAACAACAAAGGUUUCUGCUUCAGGGGGAACUGCCCCACUUUGGCAAACCAAUGUACUGCUCUCUGGGGGCCUGAUGCAAAAGUGGCUCCAGAUGAAUGUUUUGAGUAUAACAGGAAUGGCAAUAAAUAUGGCUACUGCAGAAAGGAAAACGAUACAAACAUUCCAUGUGAACCAGAGAAUGUAAAAUGUGGCAGGCUCUACUGCACAGGUGGUACAGAGUCCCCUACAUAUGGAGAAAAGAUCUUUUUUGGUUUGUGCAAAGGAAGCUAUUUUGAAUUAAUUGAUGAUGUUGGAAUGGUCGAUCCAAUAACAAAAUGUGGAGAAGGAAAGGCCUGCCAUCUCGGGAAUUGCGUUGACUUACAGACAGCCUUAGGAUGA